AUGUUUAAUCCUCUUUCCGAAGGUUUGGAAAGGACGGAGUGGAUCCUGUAUCGGGACGGGGAAGUCGUAACUACCAUCACUGAGGACGAGCUUGAUGCUGCAGAUCCGCUGCAGGGGGGAGGGACCUCCUUGACUGAUCCCAUUGCUGCAGCACGGAUGGGACCAAUGAGUAUGAUGUUUGAUGCGUUCUCAGCUCUGUUUGGUAUGAUGGACCGAUCAAAGUCAAGAACGGCGGAUCCAGGACUUGGUUAUCGUCUUUUUGAAGAUGGACUCGGAUUUGGAGAGAAGAAAGCACCUGAAGUAAUCGAUGGUGCCAAGCUUGCUGAGGCGAUGGAGAAUGAAGCAAAGGCUGCAGAUAAAGCAACCGAAAAGGCUACCCCGAUCGAGAAGUCAAAAGAAGAAGUUGAACAGGAGAAGAGGGAUCAGGCGUGGAUUCUCAUCAGGCGUGAAGGCAUCUUGCAGCUCAAGGAAGCAGAAAUCAAGUUGAGGGCUGGGGUGUUCGACGAGGCUGAAAGCAUAGUCUCUACAGCGAUUGCUCGCUUCCAAGAACAGCUUUCUACGGGUACUGUCGCUGCUGAGGAUCUCAUUGAGCAAGGGAAGUCUCUUCAACUAGAGAUCUCACGUUGUGCUAAGGGGCAGGUCGAAGCAAGGGCAGAGGCCAUCAGGCUUGCAGAUGAAGCGGGUCAAUGGCUGAAGAAUGGAGACCUUGAUAGUGCGAUUAUCUAUGCAGAGCGAGCCCAGGGAGCCUUGCGUGAAGUAGAAACGUACUAUGGAAGGAUUACGACAGAAGAACUCACCAAAGUGUUGGAGAUCAAAGUGCUUUCUGACAUCGUUGGGGUUAUGCAGGAGAUGGAGCAGCAGAAGCAGCAAAGCUCCGAAGCUUCAGUAAAGAGACAACAGGUUGAAGAGAAAAAGAGGCAAGAAUUGGUGGACUCCAAGAGAUCGGGAAAGAUUCGAAAUCAGGAAAUCAAGCAGAUCAAAAGCAAGAACUCUGGAGGCAGGUUUGCAGAGGCUGUGGAUCUGGCAGAAAGAGCAAUCUUUUCCUUUGGCGAAGCUGGUCGGAAGGGAUAUCGUAAAGCUGAAACUGAAAUGAAAAGCUGUAAGAGCAUUCUUGAUCGAGCCCUGAUCGGUUUGGAGGAGAAAUCAGUUCCUAUGGUGGAUGAAAACGAGGUCCUGGAGUCCUUGUUUUCAGUGGAGAGUAUUGAUCUGUCUGGAGGAGAGGAACCCUCAGUCGCAAAGCCUCGGAGUUCUCCGGGUCCAAUCCUGUCCCUCGACAUGCUCCGUUCAUCGCCAGAGAAGCUUGCUCCUGCCAGCUCAUCUCUGUACGAGGCGCUGAAGACAGCCAGCAAGGCUCCAGCUGAGCAGAAGGCCCCCGAAGCAGCGAGGGAGGAGAAGAAAGCAGCAGCAGCAACAGCAGGAGGUGCUACGGUCGUCAGGGAGAGCUACGACAUGCUGCGUUCAUCGCCAGAGAAGCUUGCUCCUGCCAGCUCAUCUCUGUACGAGGCGCUGAAGACAGCCAGCAAGGCUCCAGCUGAGCAGAAGGCCCCCGAAGCAGCGAGGGAGGAGAAGAAAGCAGCAGCAGCAACAGCAGGAGGUGCUACGGUCGUCAGGGAGAGCUACGACAUGCUGCGUUCAUCGCCAGAGAAGCUUGCUCCUGCCAGCUCAUCUCUGUACGAGGCGCUGAAGACAGCCAGCAAGGCUCCAGCUGAGCAGAAGGCCCCCGAAGCAGCGAGGGAGGAGAAGAAAGCAGCAGCAGCAACAGCAGGAGGUGCUACGGUCGUCAGGGAGAGCUACGACAUGCUGCGUUCAUCGCCAGAGAAGCUUGCUCCUGCCAGCUCAUCUCUGUACGAGGCGCUGAAGACAGCCAGCAAGGCUCCAGCUGAGCAGAAGGCCCCCGAAGCAGCGAGGGAGGAGAAGAAAGCAGCAGCAGCAACAGGAGGAGGUGCUACGGUCGUCAGGGAGAGCUACGACAUGCUGCGUUCAUCGCCAGAGAAGCUUGCUCCUGCCAGCUCAUCUCUGUUCGAGGCGCUGAAGACAGCCAGCAAGGCUCCAGCUGAGCAGAAAGAAAUUUACAAGUCUGACCCAACAACUCCAACAGAAGAAAAGUCGAAGGAUUCUUCCCAGGUCAAGGUACUCGUUGCUGUAGACUGGUCCGAGGUUGAACUGUAUUCACAGCCAAUAUCAAAAAUUGCUGCAGAGAUGGCGCAGAUGUCUCUCCUCAAGAAGCAGAGGAAUGAAAAAUACGCGCAAUCGUUCUCGGAAGAGAAGUCAGAGGAGGAAAGCACAAGUUGGGAAGCUUUGAAACCUGUUUCAAAGCCAGAAAGACCCCAGCUUGCCGUGGGUACCUUGGUAGAGGCGAAAUGGUACGAGGACAACAAAUGGUAUGAAGCAGAAGUGCUUGAAGUUACAAAAGAUGGAAAAUACACCAUUGUAAGUCACAGGGGAACUUGGCAGAUGUUCACAGAGUAUGGAGACGAGCAAGAGACAGAUCCGAAAGACUUGAAGUUGAAGGAAUUUAAGCCGACGGAGAAGAACAUUCCGCGUUCAAGCUCCUCGUUCUCAGCAUCCGAAUCUUCCUAUGCAUCCUUGGGACUCAAGAAACCUCUCGAUCGGUCGGAGAGCAUCAUCGAAGCUGCUCGUAGGCAGCAAGAGCUGCAGCCCAUCUCGGGCACUACCAUGGUGACCCUGAACAAAGGAGGAGUUGCUGUCGGAGAAAAGCGAUACGAGAUGAACGUGAAGUACCAUGGAAUUCUUCUUGGCAAGAAGGGCCUUACAGUCAAGGCGAUCGAGCAAGCAUCCGGGGCAAAGAUCAGCUUUGAGAAGGAUCCAGUUGGUGCCAUUGUGAUCCGUGGGACAGAGAAGCAGCGCGAGGAGGCAUGGAAGCUGGUGAAGGGGGUGCAAGCCACGCUUCCUCAGCUCCUGACGCAGAUCCGAGAGCUCAAGUCCCGCCCCAACCUAACGGGCCGCUUGCAGGACAAAGAUCAGGUCUGGCCUGUCGCAAUUAACGAGGCCAUUGCACGAGCUAGAGGGCAGGAUGCCUCAUAA